AUGGUCCGAUUCAACCUGCUCGCCGCCCUCUCCACGGCCUGUGCCACGGCAUCCGCCCUUGUCCCGAGACAGGCCGUCCCGGACAACACCACCACCGGCGCCGCUCCCGUCGUCGACCUCAAGAACGGCUCCUACCAUGGCGUCUACAGCUCCUCCUACGACCAGGAUUUCUUCCUCGGCAUCCCCUAUGCUCAGCCGCCCGUAGACGACCUUCGCUUCCGCGUGCCCCAGCCCCUCAACUCCUCCUGGGAGGGCACCCGCAACGCCACCGAGUACUCCCCGCUGUGCUUCGGCUACGGCAGCGACACCUGGGUUCUGGGUAACCACGUCUCCGAGGACUGCCUCACAAUCAACGUCGUCCGCCCUCGCGGCGUCGCCGCUGACGCGAAGCUUCCCGUCGCCCUCUGGAUCCACGGAGGCGGCCUGACCAACGGCGGCAGUGCGGACCCGCGCUACAAUCUCUCCUUCAUCGUAGAGCAGGGCGUUCGCAUGGGCACCCCGUUCGUCGCGGCCAGCAUCAACUAUCGCCUGCACGCCUGGGGGUUCCUGUGGAGCGACGAGGUCAAGGCCGAGGGCGCCGGCAAUAUUGGGUUCCGCGACCAGCGCCUCGCCCUGCACUGGGUCAACGAGAACAUCGCCGCCUUCGGCGGUGACCCGGAGCAGGUCACUCUCUGGAGCGAGAGCGCCGGCUCCCGCAGCGUGGCCUCGCAGAUGCUCGCGUACGGUGGCCGCGACGACGGCCUCUACCGCGCCGCGAUUCUGCAGAGCGGCACCGGUCUCGGCACCGACUUUGGCGAGGUCAACUCCACCGCCAUCACGUGGCAGGACUACUACGACACCAUCGUGGACAAGACCAACUGCACCUCGGCCACCAGCACCCUCGAGUGCCUCCGUGGCGUGCCGACCUGGACCCUGAGCGACAUCUUCAACGCCACCGCGAACCCUGGCUUCACCGGCGUCGUCGACGGCGAGUUCCUCGAGGCGGCCCGCCACGAGCUUGUCAACGAGGGCAAGUUCACCCGCGUCCCGCUCCUCAUCGGCGCCAAUACGGACGAGGGCACGCAGUUCGGCACAAAGGGCAUCAACACCACCGAGCAGUGGCGCGCCUACCUCCGCUCUGGGGGCGCCAACAACAUCACGAUCGAGGUCCUCUCGGCUCUGUACCCGGACAUCCCGCGCCUCGGCACGCCGGCGACGCUCGAGGGCCGCCCGACGGGGGAGUACGCCUCGUACGGCGCCAUGUGGAAGCGCGUCAACGUCUUCGCGGGCGACCGCGCGCAGCACGGCCCGCGGCGGUUCUUUGCGCGCCACUGGGCCGCCGCGAACCAGACCGUGUACUCGUACAACUUCAACGUGCUGGUCAACGGCCUGACACCCGUCGAGGGCGUCAACCACUUCCAGGAGGUGGCGUUCGUGUUCAACAACACGGACGGUCUGGGCUACGAGACUGUCGUGGCCAAAAAUCCGUUCGAGGGCAAGCCCGAGACGUACAAGGAGCUGGCCAACAUCAUGUCGCGCAUGUGGGUUGCCUUCAUCACCAAGGGCGACCCGAACCAGAACGGCGUGACCAACGUCACGUGGCCCACGUAUGACGCGGAGAACCCUGAGAUUAUCGGGUUCGACGCCAACGUCACGUCGUUGGCGCACGUCCAGUCGGAUACCUACCGCACGGAGCAGAUGGAGUAUCUGAUCCAGAAGUUGUGGUCAUGA